AGUAACCUCGCUUCGCUGUACAUGUCAGUCUCGGCGUGUUUAUGUUUACUUUGUCGCGUCGUAUGUCGUGAGUUUAUAACUUGGUGAAGUGUAGACACUGCGUAAUUAACCGUAGGUUAAUUAAUUGUAAUGUGUAUUAUGUGAUAUAAGUAUUUAUUAUCGAUUUUCCAUAUAGAUGACUUGUUAAAUUAAGAAUAAAAUUCGUGACUCUACGUCAAAGACUCACCUUUCUUUAGAGUAAAUAAGAAUGUGCUGGUGUUUUGAGGAUAAUCUCGAAUAAAAUACGAAAGCAGAUUUUCUUUUCAACGUGAGAAGAAAUAUCUACUACGGCGACAAUGGAUGACGAUGGAACGAACUAGAAAAUGCGAGAAAAACAACAAUAAAAGUCGGCCAUUUUGAAACAUGUGACGCAACGACAUCUAGCGGUGACAUAGCGAACUAAGUGAAAGUGAAGAUGAAGCUGAAUCUGUUCAAACGGUCGAUGAUAUUCGCGACCUUUUUCGGGUCCUGUUUGUGUAUAGCGCUGAUAGUUGCGUCCUUAGGGACUACACAUUGGAUAGAUGCCAGGGCGAGGCGGACCUCAAAUCCUUUGGAGUCUGAAGGCAGGAUCAGUUUUGGACUAUUUGAGGGCCACAAAGAACUGAACUUCGGGUAUGGCUGGAGGAAUCAUGAGUUCAGCGUGAAAGCAGGCACGCACCCGGCGCGUCGCUGGGCGUGGUGCGGCGUGGCGGCGCAGUUGGGCGCGGCGCUGGUGGCGACGGCCGGCGCAUGCGUGCUGGCAGCCCUCGCCUCCGCCGCGCGCGCACGCUGCCAGCCGCGGCCGCUGCUCGCUGCUAACUCGCUCGCUGUGCUGUUCACGCUGGGCGCAGUAGCGGUGUGGCUGACGGAAUACUUCCUUCGCCUGCAACAUAACGUGAUGUCUGAUGAAGAUCUCGCCAACACCUGGUCCUCCGACGGGACGGCCGACCUGGGUCUUUCUUUCUGGUUGGUAGUAGGGGCGUCAGUAACAGCGUUCGUGAACAAUGUGUGCGUGCUGGUAGCGAUGGCCGACGGCAGAGAUGAGGACACCAUCGCGCCUGCGCUUGAAGAGAAGGUCAACGGAGCUAUCAUGUUGUAUUAGACUUUACGGACCUAUUAAGACCAUUUCAUUAAACUAUGUAUUCAUUGGGGAACAAAAACAAUCCGUGUUAUCUGGGCAGAGCCACUGGGCGCAAUAGAGGUUGCACUACAUCUAGCUGCAUCGCAUUUAAUCGUUCGUUGAAUAAUCAAUUAUCAAAUCAAUUCACGUCCGUACAUUAACACGCAUACUGAAAGACAAAUGCUUUAUUGCCAAAACAAACAAAUAUCAACAAUUAUACCUAAAAUGUAACGUUGUGGUUCAUAUGCCGACAUGUUAUAUGAGCGCUAAGGCUUGAAUCACAUCUGGCAUCAUGGAACGGAACCGUACUUUCCUAUGCUUCUAUCAUUUUCUAUCUCUCAAAACCGUCAUUUGGAGGAGAUAAUGCGCGCGGUGAAAUUGGUGGUCAGAACGCAGUCGGACUCCCGCUCUUUAUCUCGCUCUAGCAAAUGACGGCUUUGAAUGCCAGAAAAGGAUUGAGGCAUAGGAAAGUACGAAGCCGUGCAGCCCUGUUGGAACGUUACAAUUGUAAAAUACAUUGACGGGUAGUUGGGAAAUAAUGUUUCGGAAAAACACUUCCACGUUUUUUUAUCUUACAUGAACAGUCAUGAGCAAUAUAAUGUACCCACUUUAGGACUCUGUCGCACUAACAUAUUUGACAUUUAGUGAGACUUACAGUUCAAUUUAUCAAAAAAGUUAAUGUGACAUGGUACCAAAGUGUAUACUUAGUAAUGCUCGUGACUGAACAUGAUAUAAAAACGUUUCACGAAACAUGUUGAGUUUGUUUUUGGAACAGAUUAUUACCUAAAAUAUAUUUCUGUGAAUACAUAGUUUUCUACAACACGAUGUUUAGGGUCCUUGUUUCUCAGGGAGGGUGUUAUUACAUAAAAAGUUUUAUACCCUGACAAUAUAGAGUCCAAAAUAUCGUAUACAAUAAGUAAUACACUUUUUAGCCCAGUCCGGAUUGACUUUCAUUCAAAUGGCAACAAUUAAACGCAGUGUUACUGCAUACUGGUAUUUGUAAAGUUACUGAACAAACAGUAACUUCUAUUAUGGAUCAACCUAAUUGUAUUUUUGACAAUUUGUAACGAGUGUCUUCAAGGUUCGGGCAUCGGGCAACCAUUAACUUAAAUUUAAUUUAAUUUGACAGGAGUAAAGCUAUCUCUUGCUGAAAGACGGUACUAGUCUAAGAUCUGUCAAACUAUAAUUAGAUUAAGUUUGUGUCCGCCCAAACAGGAACCAUUGUCAACAUUUUAGAACCCUGUCCCUUAAACAUAUUCGAUAUUUAGUAAGACUUUGGAUUCAAUUUAUUGAAUAUGUUAAUGCGAUAGGAUACUAUGUAUACCAUCAACUAAUAAAUGCUAAUAAUUGCUGUUAAAAAGAGACGACAAAUACAAACUUAACGUGAGAAUCUCGCUUACAUUGAAAUUUUACAUUGACGUCCUUAUGUUGUUUGCAAUAAGGGUACUUAAAAUACCUGACAAACUGAAAUUAGUUCUUUCAACGAAAUAAAAUGAUUUGACGCCUAACGCACAACACAUUGAAAACCUACUCGCCAGAUUUUAUAGGCGCCUUAAGAAUAGUUAUUAACUAAGUUACAAGUAAUAAUUAUAAAGGCUGAACAUAGCACGUAAGCUAUUUAAUAAUUAUUAUCUUAUUAUAAUUAUUCUUAUUUGUAAGUGUAACAGUUUCCGUCCAUCAAACAUAAACCAAUGUAUUUAGCGUAAUUUAAAUGACAUUCCAAAAUAUUUAAUUUUGCGGGUAGAUUAAGAUUAAUGUCUUGAAAAAGUUUAUUAGUAUUUUUACCUCAAAUAUAAUUAUGAUACGUUUAUGCAAUACUUUCCGUUCAGAGUGUAUGUUCCCAAUAAGCCAUUUAUACACUAAACCACAUUACCUAACAUCAUUCGUUCUACAUUACCAGAUAAAUAAAGGUUAUUUUUAGUUUUUGUUUUGAAUAUUGUCUAGUGGAUGGCUUUAACUAUACACCUGGAUAUGUACAGGUCUUAAAUAUACACCACACAAGUGAGGUGUCUAAUUGAUUCGCAGGAGAUAUAAAACCUAUAUUUGUACGUAUUUCAUCGCACAGUAUUUAAUUUAAAAUUAGUCGUGCCAUUAGGUGGAGUUUAUGUAUUUUUUUAUUAUUUUCAUGUGUUUUCGUUUUGUAUCUUUGUCGAAUAAUUUUCUCGAAUAAACACUAAUUGAUUCUUAA